AUGGAAAAAUGCGUUUUCAGAACGCGUUUUUUUCGCAGAAAUUUACACCAUGGGCAAGCAUCAUUUUAUUCGAAUUCAGCAGCAUCACAUCCACAGAUAUCAGGAUUUUAUAUAUCAAAUAAUCGUAUAGAACAACCAUCCCCUGUACAAGUAUGGAAUCAAGCACCAUAUGAAUUACGAAUGAAUCAUCAACCAUAUAUCAAUCAACAAAUGCCUGAAGAUUAUCCUCAACGAUUUCAUGUUCCUCCAACAUUAUUUAUAUCUGCCAAUAAUCUACGACCAAUGAAUUCUUCAACGGUUUCUUUACUACAACCAUCACAUGCAAAUGUAAAUUAUUCACAUUUGAUCUCACAAAAUGAAUAUUCUUUAAUGUAUGCACCGAGAAAUAAUAGUCUUCCAUCAGUAUCAACUGGUUAUUCACAACCAUUGUUUCCAACUUAUCCAACGUCUCCAGUACCGUCAACAAUUCCCAAUCAACCAAAAACACUACAGAAGCCACCAGAUACACUCUCUGAUUUAACAGAACAAAUACAAAUUCAUCGAAUACAAGAUACAAAAAUCGAUGAAUCAACUGUAGCAGCAUAUCAGCCUACAAUAGCACAACAUAUUCAACAAUCGAAUUUCUGUGCACCAAUAAUAUCAUCUAGAAGAAAGAAAAGACGAAAGAAAAAAUCAUUAUUUCCUGUUGAUUCAGUACUACAUAAACCCGUAGAAGUUUCUACACAAUCCAUAACUUCGGCUACGACGAUAUCAGCGGGAUCUUCAACAAUAAUAAUGAGUGAAAAUCGACCUAUUGAAUCAACUACGACAAAUACAGUUAAAUCAACAAAUAAAACAAAAAAACAAGCUAAAGUUCCACAACAAUCUGCUGACAUACUUGCUAAUUCUUCCAAUAUUCAAAUAAAUAAGGUAUAA